AUUUGAUUUGACGGCUGACGCAUUUUGCGAAUGUUGGUAACCGGUCGUCUUUGUUGUUUUCGAUAAGUUGUUUUAGUUGUUUACAUUAUAGAGUUGUUUACAAUAAUUAAAAAUUUCGCGAAAAAAUAAGUUCUUCACAGUGAGCACUUUAUGAGUGUUUUAUUUGUUGUUUUAAGAACUGAAUAUCACUAAAAAUAUAAUAAUAGUGCUUGGUACUCUCAAAAUCCUAAUUUUGUAGGAUUUCGCAGAAGUUUAUUUUGCGCUUAAUUCGAUAUUUAUUUUUGUCGUGAUUUGUGUUUAGUGAAUAUUCACAUGAUUUUUUGAUAACACAGAUGUCUUGAUAUAAUAGAAAAAUGGAGGCGACAGAACACGUUCAGUUGACAACAACGUAACAGAUUAAAUAAAUAUAAUUAUUUAAAUAAAAAAAAUAUUUAACCAGUGCCGACAGUCUGUGAUCAAAUACAAUACGUAUGAAUACGAUCUCUUUAUUAUAAUAAACUAUAGACAAAACAAUAAAAACGCUCAAAUAUAUGUACAUGAUUGUAAAAAAAAAUAUAGAUUAAAAAUAAACUUUUAUAAAAAUAAUACGAUAAAAAUAAAUCAAAAUGCCAGCUAUAUUGACGAAGAUAAGGGAGCAAGCGUUUAGAGUUCAGCCCACUAUAGCCGUGGGGGUUGGCGUGGGGGUCGCGCUAGCGGCAUGUGCGGUCUACGGAACCAGAGAGAAGAAGCAGACACCACCGUGCAAUAAUAAUAAUAAUUACAAGAUCGCAAAGAACGGUCAGCUUCAACCAGUGGAGAAUGGUGGGACGCAGACGUGUGGAGGGCGCUGUGGGGCCGAGCAGUGCGCUCUGUGUAGGGGGGAUGCGGACACAGAUAACAAGCAAAACAUUGAAGAUGCUGAUGAAACACAAUCUGUCGAGGAGCACGUACCAGGUCUCAAUUUGGAAUUCCUCAGACAGCUGGUUAGUCUUGCAAAGAUCAUGAUUCCAGGGUUUCGCAGCCAUGAAGUUGCACUGCUGUCUGCACAUACAGUCUGCCUCUUCUCCAGGACCUUCCUGUCGAUAUAUGUAGCAUCAUUGGAAGGUUCUAUUGUAAAACACAUAGUCCAAAAGGAUUUACGUGCGUUCUCCGCUCUCCUCAUACAGUGGUUUGGUAUCGCAAUACCAGCGACCUUCAUAAACUCCAUGAUCAGAUACCUGGAGAGUAGACUGGCACUCGCCUUCAGGACUCGUCUCGUGAAUCACGCCUACGAGCUGUACUUCAAGAACCAAACCUACUACAGAGUGGCCAAUCUUGAUGCCAGAAUAGAAAACGCAGAUCACAGGUUAACAGAAGAUGUAUCAGUGUUCACACAAUCAGUUGCUCACUUAUACAGCUCGCUGACGAAGCCCUGCUUCGAUCUACUUCUCAUUGUACUCACUCUCGCCAGUUACUCCAGUAAAAUGAAGGGAAAUAUUUUCUUAGGUCCCGGUAUGUCAACGGUCGUCAUCUGCCUAACUGGUCAGCUGCUGCGUCUCCUCAGUCCAAGGUUCGGAGCCUUGGCCGGUGAGGAGGCGAGGAUGAAGGCUAAUCUGAGACACGUCCAUUCAAGACUCAUAGCUCAUGCUGAGGAAGUCGCAUUUUAUGGUGGUCAUAAGGUGGAACUCGGUCAGCUACAGUCAGCAUAUAAGGAGCUGGUGACUCAGAUGACGUCGGUCUUUAACAAGAAGCUGUGGUACGUGAUGUUGGAGCAGUUCUGCAUGAAGUACGUGUGGUCUGGCACUGGUAUGGUGAUGUUGGCGUUACCCAUCCUCACUGGAACGAGGAUCGAUAGCUCAGCGGGAGAGGGUAUCAGCGCUAGGACAGAAUAUAUGACGACGUCUCGAAACCUACUCAACUCGGCCGCCGACGCCAUCGAGAGGCUCAUGUCCAGCUACAAGGAGGUGGUGACGCUGGCGGGCUACGCCACGCGCGUGUCGGACAUGCUGGUGGUGUUCGGCGAGGUGGCGCGCGGGCGCUGCGUGCGCGCCGUGCACGUCGCGCCCGCCGCCGCCGCCGCCGGGUUCGCCGUCACCUUCCGCGACAACCAGCCCGUGCCCAUGGGCAAAGUGUCGUACACGACGGACCUCUCGAUUCGGUUGCUGAACGUGCCCAUCGUGACGCCGGCGUGCGACGUGGUCGCCAGCGGAGUGUCGCUGGAGCUGAAGCCGGGCACGCAUCUGCUCAUCGUCGGGCCCAACGGCUGCGGGAAGUCCAGCCUGUUCCGCAUAAUCUCGGGCCUGUGGCCCGUGUUCGGCGGCCAGCUGAGCGUGCCGCGGCCGUGCGAGUGCGCGCACUGCGCCGGCGAGCUCACGGCGCCGCACUGCGCCGCCCGCCCCGUCAUGUUCUACAUCCCGCAGAGGCCGUACAUGUCGCAGGGCUCGCUCAUCGACCAGAUCACGUACCCGUCGCGCGUGGCGGCGCAGGACGCGGCGGGCGAGGCGCGCGCGGCGCACAUCCUGCGCGUGGUGCGCCUGGACGCGUGCGCGGCGCGGCACGGCGGGCUGCGCGCCGUGUGCGACUGGCGCAGCACGCUGUCGGGCGGCGAGAAGCAGCGCGUGGCCUGCGCGCGCAUGUUCUACCACCGGCCGGUGUACGCGUUGCUGGACGAGUGCACGAGCGCGGUGUCGAUGGAGACGGAGGUGGUCAUGUACGAGGAGGCCAUCAAGGAGGGCAUCACCUUGCUAUCCAUCACGCAUCGACCCAGCGUGUGGAAAUACCACACGCACGUACUUGAGUUCGACGGAGCGGGGAGCUGGUCGUUUAGGGUCUUAGACAAGGACGUGUCGGCCAUCACACCGACGUUGCCGAGAAUCACGGAUACGAGCUCGACCACCGACAACGAAAAGGAACAAACAAUCGAGUGACCAGGACACGCGACCUGAGCGGUAAACGUCACCAAUAUUACAUUAUCGAGGCCACAGGUAAACAAUGACGGUUAAUGGAUCGUUACAACUGACGAGAAUCGACGCUAGUACUAGUAAACGAUGUCGUCUUUAAAAUUGAACGCUGAGUGUUCGAACAUGUCAAAUAUAUUAAUGAUUUAUUUGUCUUAUACUUUGUAUUGAAAUGAUAAACUAUUGUUCCCUUGUGAAUUGAUUGAGAUGAAACGCGUUUAUGUAUAUAUUUAAAGAGCAUGCUCUUUCGUUUAGCAGAUGUGAGAUGCGUCAGAUAUGUUUCAUUUUAAACGUUGCACUAAAAUUCGUAUGAGAAUUUACCUCGAACAUUAACAAUACAUGUAUUUUGUAUAUAAAAAUCGUCUUUUUUUUUUUUUUAUUUGUUCAAUAAUUUUUUUACAUUCAAUUACUAUACGACCAACUUAAAUUUCAAAUGCUAUGGACAUAAUAUACUUAUAUGCUACAAGAGAACUGAUAUUACAUUGUAAAGAUUCGUAUAAAUAUUUAUUAAGUUUAAAUAUAUUAACUAUAAAUUGUAUUUCAUACUUCAAUAUGUACCGUUAGAAUAAAAAAUAACUUUUUUUAUUGUUAAGGAACGUGGUGUAUAGUGGCUCAUGUCGUUCAUAAUCAAUUAAAAUUACCAGAUAAAGAUAUUUUUAGUUGAAUGUUUAACUAAAAAAACGAAUUUCUAGAAAAUGGCCAACCCUGCACAUAUUAGCAUUACAAUGUUUUGCCAGAAGGCACAAAUAUAGUAUAAAAAAAACUUUAUUAACGUAAGUUAUCAUCAAUUUUGCGAGAUUAGGAUAUAGGGUGUUUUACGAUAUAUUUAAGCUCCAUUUGUUGAGUGCUGGUUUAAAAUUUAGUUGCAGGAUUUGGCCCUUCAUAAAAUUUUAGUAAAAAUAGAAUAAGUUGAAGUCUUCGGAUAACUGGGAUUUUAUUAUGUAUCAAAAACAAAAUUGUAUAUUUAAAUGAUAAUAUAGUUUAAAGAAAUGUUUGUACCUAAUUAUAUUUUAGUUGAAAUGUUUAUGAGCCGCUGAAAUUCUUUAUUCCCAUGGCAGAAGGAGUUAGAUAAUAAAAACCUCGUUUUAUCUUGAAAUUUUCCAUGCGAUUUACUAAUUGGUCUGAUAUGUUAUGAACCACAAACACACUGUUUGAUAUAGCUUUAUUCAUAUUACAAUUUCAACUAAGUAAAAAAGUCAUUAACAAUUCCAUAAUGAUCACCACAGAUUAUUUAUCACGAUCAAUUAUAUCACGUCGAUUCAAAAUUAAAGUCGUUUAUUAAUUUAGCUACUCCUGCCAUUGCAAUGGAGUAUACAUUUAAUCAUUAAAAAAGUGAGAUAUAUUCAAAGUUAAACAAUCCGAUCCAAAUGUUAUUCUUAAGUAUUGAUAAAAUUUAAGCCAUUUUCAAAUUAGAAUUUUAGAUUUUAAAAUUUCUAUAUACCAGUAAUUGAUAUAUUAUAUAUUUUUUUAUAUUUCUUUUAAUUAUACCAUAAUUGUAAUGUGGAAUUAGGUUUGGAUGUUUUUUUUUUUUUAAUUAAAAAUAAGAAGACGAAGAAGGUUUUUGAAUUAUGACAACUUUAUUUUUUACACUGGCAACUAUUGAUGUAACUGUCAGAUUUGUUUAAUUUUUUUUUUAUAAAUCGGUGAUUGAAAUGUAAGAAAAAAGAGGUAUGGUGUAUUCUAAUUGUAUUCUUGAUCGAGAUUAUCAAAGAUGGCUGUUUAAAUUUAUUUUUCUUGCUUUUAUAUAUUUUUUAUAUUAUUAUUUUUUCUAAGAUAUGCAUAUCAAUGUAUUGUUUUGUAUUUAUUUUAUGGUAAUUUAAGUUGUAAAGUGUAAAAUAUUGUAGUGUUAGGACACCGUGAUGUUAGAUGAUAAAUAAAGGGGUUUGUAUGAAACAUUA